ACCUAUCAGUUUUUGAUGGGAUUACGCCCAGAAUUUGAACCACUAAAGUCUCAGAUCUUGAAUGCAUCACCAAUGCCAUCCCUGUUGGAAGCCUUUGCUACUGUUGAUGGUGAAGCACGCAGGCACCAUUUAAUUCAGCCCUCAAUUGUUCCUGUACCAGUGUCUGAGCCUGCUGGGGAUAGUAUGGCUUUUGCAGCCAACUUUGGAUCACGAGCUUCUGGAGGUCAGAUUAUUUGUCACCAUUGUGGAGGGGUUGGACAUGUUAAGGCUCGUUGCUUCAAACUUCAUCCUGAACUAAAGCAAAAAUUUUCUAGGAACCGUUUAUCUGGAACUGGUUCUUCUCGUACUGCGGCUGUUGCAGAAACUCCUGUUACUACUGGUGGAUCUACUGUAUUUCCUGGACUGAGCCAACUUCAAUCUCAGAUUGGGCAUAUCCAAGACCAGCUUGGCUCCCUUGCUUCUAGAGUUAGUGCUCCUUCAACUGCUCCCACUGCAACUAUUGCUACAGGUACUCCUACUGCAUUUCAUGUUAAGGCCAAGCAGCCCACUUGGGUUCUGGAUUCUGGGGCCAAUGAUCACAUGACUGGACCUUUGUUCGAAGAGGAUUUUUGGCAGGGGUUAUGAGCGUGAUGGGCUUUACUACUUUGGGGAACCACCAGGAAUGAGUCUUCAAGCUUCUGUCCUACCUACUUCUAGUGUUUAUGAUGUUUCUUUUCGCACUUUUAGUCUGUGGCAUGCACGUUUGGGACAUGUAAACUUUCAAUAUCUAUGUCUAUUGUUUCCUUCGUUAAAUAAAGCAUGUAAGGACCAUAAGUUUCAAUGUGAAGUUUGUGAGCUUUCUAAACAUACUAGAACUAGCUAUAUUUCUCAUAUGAGUUGUGCUCCUAGUAUGUUUGAUCUUAUUCAUUCUGAUGUCUGGGGCCCUUCCCCAGUUACUGCUUUCUCUGGACAUUGAUAUUA